UCUUAAUCAUUUUCCUCAUUUGGUUACUUCGUUUCUGAUCACAAAGUUAAAGACCCCUUCAGUUCAAACUCUGUUCCAAAGUUGUUUCUGAUGUUAUUUUUACCCUUGGCUAUAUUUUGAUUUAUCACAUUAAUGUGGGGAAUAAUUCUCAUUACACACAUUGAUUGGAUAAAAGAUUUCAAGAGAGAUAUAGUAAUUUCAAUCAUCAGCAUCCUCUUACUCCUUCAUUUAGCAUUAAUGCAAUCUGGAAUCAAUGCAUUCAGAUGUGUUGCUAUUGAUAGAACAUUAAGAGCUGCAUUAAUCGGUACAGAUAUUGAGUGAUACUCAUCGACUCAUCUCAAGUAGUGUCUGCUAAUAGUCCUCCCAAUUCUAUUAAUCUGGGUCACAAUGGUCCUACCUCUUGGCUUAGUGGUUUUGUACAAAGCAAGGAAAGCGAAGAACCAUAAAAUCCUUGGCCACUUCUUGAUUUUGUACCAAGUUCAAAGAGAGGACAAGUUCUAAUG